ACCUCCACAUGUAGAGUAAAGCUCUGUGGAUAUAGGACUCAUUGCUCAGCUAUGCAGUAGAGAGGGGGAUUAAGACUGAGGACUAAAGGCUGGGUGCCAGUGCAAGGAUUGGGCAUUUCGCCAUUUAUGCAUGAUCUGGAGAGGAGAAACCACACUCUUUUUCUCUGACAGUUUUUACCGAAAUCUCCUCUUUGCUCCUGUGUCAUUCUCCCUCACCUUCUCCCUUUCUCCUUUCACCCCUCUUUCCCCUCUCUUUUAAAAAUGACCCUGCUUUCAGAGGACCAGUCUGCGAGACCCCAGCCCUGCCGGCUUCCAGAGCCUGGCAAACACAUCAGCAACUCUCUGCACCAGUUCUCAAUGGGCUACAAUGGCUCCAAAGAGGAAUACAUGACCAGUGGGGAGAGUGUUGUCUACCAAAACAUGGAGCCCCCAAAGCGCUCAAGGGGACGACUCAUUCUCCACGGCAUGGUCAUGUUUGGAAGGGAAUUCUGCUACGCCGUGGAGGCCGCGUUUGUCACACCAGUGCUUCUGAGCGUGGGUCUUCCUCGCAGUCUGUACAGCCUGGUGUGGCUGAUCAGUCCAAUCCUGGGUUUCCUGCUCCAGCCCAUCAUCGGCUCAGCCAGCGACUACUGUCGAUCAUCAUGGGGCCGACGGAGACCUUACAUCCUGGCCCUUGGCAUCUUCAUGCUGCUGGGGAUCACCCUGUUCUUAAACGGAGAUGCUGUCAUCUCAGCAAUAGUCACUGAUAAGUCGUUGAAGAGCGUAUGGGCCAUAGUGGUGGUGAUGUUCGGCGUUGUGCUGUUUGACUUCGCUGCUGACUUCAUCGAUGGGCCCAUCAAGGCUUACCUGUUUGACGUGUGUUCUUAUCAGGACAAGGAACGAGGCCUGCACUACCAUGCUCUGCUCACAGGUCUAGGUGGAGCCUUCGGCUACCUGGUGGGAGCUAUGGACUGGGGUCACUCUGUGAUUGGCAAAUUGAUGGGCUCUGAGUACACAGUCAUCUACUUCUUCUCAGCAUUGACUUGGGGCAUCUUCCUCACUGUGCACCUCUUCAGUAUUCCUGAGAUACCACUGGGCAAAGAUCCAUCUGCAUCUGACCUUACACCUCCCAGUGCCCUCCGUCUGCUGGGCUCCCAAAGCAAUGUUUAUGGAUCCCUAGCUAAAGAGCCUGUCUCUUUGCCAACAUCUGUUCCUGAUCACAGGCCCAGGUCAUUUUCUGCUCUCGGUGAGGCCAACUCAGUGACCUCCAGUGCCAAACAGCCCAACAAGGACCAGAAGAAAAUGACAUUCAGGUCAAUGAUGAAAGCUAUCAUCAAUAUGCCACAUCACUACCGCUGCCUGUGUGUCAGUCACCUGCUGGGAUGGACAGCUUUUCUUUGUAACAUGCUGUUCUUCACUGAUUUCAUGGGACAGAUUGUAUACAAUGGAAAUCCUUACGCAGACCAUAACUCAGCAGCCUACGCCACAUAUGAGAGAGGAGUGGAAGUGGGCUGCUGGGGAUUGUGUAUUAAUGCUGUUUCUUCUGCUCUCUACUCCUACGUGCAGCGUUUCCUGCUCCAAUACAUCGGCCUGAAGGGAUUAUACUUUAUGGGCUACUUUGUGUUCGGCUUGGGCACUAGCCUGAUUGGCCUCUUCCCAAACAUCAUCGCCACACUUGUCCUCUGUAGUGUGUUUGGUGUUAUGUCUAGCACGCUCUACACCAUCCCUUUCAACCUGGUAGCUGAGUAUCAGCGUGAAGAGGAGGAACAAAUGAAGCUGCAAGGAAAAGAUGAAGCCCCAAGAGGCACCGGCGUGGACUGUGCCGCGCUCACGUGCAUGGUCCAGCUGGCUCAGAUUAUCGUGGGGGCGGGGCUUGGCGCUCUGGUCAACAUGGCAGGAAGUGUAAUCGUGGUGGUCGUGUCGGCGUCGACCAUGUCCCUGUUAGGCUGCAUCUUCAUCGCCCUCUUUAUUAAAUAUGUAGAUUGAUUCUGCUCAUAUGAAAUUAUUGUAAUGGUAUUCUUUUA